UUCCUGUGCUAAACAUGACGAGAGAACCUGGGUAACGGAAGUCAGUCAGAUAGAGGGAACCAAGAUGGCGCCCACAGAUUCUUGGCAAAAUGAAUACAGGGGUGUUGAGCAAUAUGGACAAGACAUCAUGGAAAAGAUUAACGAGCGCAACAGACUACGCCGAUCAGGAAGCAACUAUGCAAGGAUUGAAUCCGACAUUAGAUUUAUGUUAAAGAAUUUUAGUCGUGACUUGGAAGGCUUGAAGCAGUCAUUACUGAGAGCAUCAUCAUCAUAUCACAUCACGGAACGAGAAGUAGAUAGAAGACAAAACAUGAUUGAUCAACUUAUAACAAAGGAAAGACAGCUCAGCUCUGCAUUUCAGCAGGAACCAACAAGCAAGGAUCUUGGAAGUUCAUCUUCCAGGGAUACUUUGUUAUCCAGAGGCACGAAUGAUGCAAACCCCUUUGAUUCACCUUACAUGCUAGAGACUGACGACAUGUCUGUGACUGACAUGCGCAGUCAACAACAUCAAAUCAUUGAAGAGCAAGACAAAGGGCUUGAUGCUUUAUCGGGCAUCAUCCAGAGACAGAAAAUGAUUGGACAUGCUAUAUCAGAUGAAGUGGACACCCAGAAUGAAAUCAUUGUUGACGUCGCAGACCGUAUGGACUCUACGCACAGCAGAAUUAUGAAAGAAACAACACAUGUGAAGAAAGUCACCGCGAAAUCAUCUACCUGUGGCAUGCUUAUUGUUAUUGUUCUUCUACUCAUCGUCAUUGUUGUCGUCGCUGUUGUACCAUCUUAAUACUUAAAAUUCAUUCAAAAUACUCAGACUGCCGGGGAUUGAGAUGGACGAAACUUUACUUCGAAUCAAGAUGGAUUAAACAUAGUUAUAUUAGUCUAAUUAGUCAUGAUGGAUAGAUUGAAUAGCAAUCUUUAGAUUUCUUUCAUCAGAUAAAUAUCAAGAAAAUCUAUCACUCAUUUAUUUUCAAGGGGGAGAGGGGUAGGGCUCUUGCAAUUGUACUUAGUCUGAUUUAGUUAAAAGGCAUAGGCAGUCUAUAGAUUAAAUGAUUUAUUUUCAUUCCUGUGGGGGAGGGAGAAAGAAACAGCUGCUUGUAAGUAAGAAUUAGAUUGACAAAUAGCAGAUCUGGGUAUGAGAAUGAGAUGGAUGACUUCUAAAUAUCAUUCUUCCAGGGACUUAUCAGGACCUACACGGUUAUCUUAUUUUGAUGAAUAAAAAACGUCAGUCUUUGAUAAGAUGUUGAAGGAGAUGCAUUGUGGACAAGCUUGGGUAAAAAAAAUAUUCAUCACACCUUAUAUAGUGAUGUUUCCACCCAUGCUAGACCAGAAUGCACCUUGUUUGUAUAAGAAAAGUCUAAACUGAUCUUCAAACUGGUGUUACCUCUGGUAAAAUGAACCACAAAAACGUAGGAAUUAUAGAUCAAUAAAUGAGAAAUAAAUGCUUUCCUGAUGCUGAUGUAAAUAACUAUAAACACAUAAAUAAACUGGAAUUACACAAAUAUUAUUUGAAAACGAA